AACACUUCUCAUGACGGACCCAUUUCCGUUCAGCCACCAAUAAAGAAAAGGACUCAGCGGCGCCAACCUUUUGGUAUCGCGGGUCAAUUUUUGAAAGUUGUUCGGCACAAUCCGAUUUAAAUCGGAGCCAUCUCAACAGCAAACAUGACGGUCGGAAAGAGCAGUAAGAUGCUUCAGCACAUUGACUACAGGAUGCGCUGUAUACUGCAGGACGGGCGGAUAUUCAUCGGGACGUUUAAAGCUUUCGACAAGCAUAUGAACCUCAUCCUGUGUGACUGCGACGAGUUCAGAAAGAUCAAGCCCAAAAAUUCCAAGCAGCCAGAGAGGGAAGAGAAGCGAGUGUUGGGUUUGGUGUUGCUCAGAGGAGAGAAUCUGGUCUCCAUGACUGUUGAAGGACCGCCUCCCAAAGAUACUGGCAUUGCCAGAGUGCCCCUGGCUGGGGUGGCAGGUGGCCCAGGGGUGGGCAGAGCAGCAGGCAGAGGUGUACCAGCUGGUGCUCCCAUGGCCCAGGCUCCUGCUGGACUCGCUGGACCAGUGAGAGGAGUCGGAGGCCCAUCACAACAGGUGAUGACCCCUCAGGGCAGAGGCACAGUGGCUGCAGCGGCGGCUGGUGCUAGCAUCGCCGGUGCACCCACACAGUAUCCACCAGGCCGAGGUGGCCCUCCUCCUCCCAUGGGCAGAGGUGCACCACCUCCAGGCAUGAUGGGUCCACCCCCUGGGAUGAGGCCACCAAUGGGCCCCCCGAUGGGCAUGCCACCAGGCCGUGGUGCCCCUAUGGGCAUGCCCCCUCCAGGCAUGAGACCUCCACCACCAGGAAUGAGAGGGCCUCCUCCUCCAGGCAUGCGCCCCCCAAGACCUUGAUUCGCCACACUGGAAGAGAACAUGUUAUGAACCUUUUCUGUUUUUUGAGCAGAUCCUGACUCUGGGCUCUUGUAUAGUUUCAUAUGAUUUUGUUUUUUUUUACAUUUUAAAAUAAAGUGUCUAUUUGACGUUUUGUUCAAAAAACAA